AUGAUUUGGAGGGUGGUGCUGUUGUCUUUCCUCUUUAUAUCCACAAUAUGCGCGCUUGUACUCCAAACAAGAGAAGAACCGGGCUCAAAACCAACAGCAGUCAUUCACGUCGAACAAAGCUACACCACUAUCCCCCCAGCCUCCGAUACCACAAUAUCCACAACAUCAACUGACAAGACAGGCUCCUCAUCCAAUGCGGCUCCCUCGCCUGGCACGGAAUUAUAUGACACCGGACCCCCGGUUUAUCUAGCUGUCACAUCCGAACCACCUGAUGUCCUUGGUAUCGGAAAUGUGAGCGGGUUUUAUGGACCAGGAAGUUGGGCAGCCUGGUUCCUCUCCAUCGUGGCAUCGUGGUGGCGGCUCAUUCGAGCUUCAGAAGAGAGAUUUGAUCCAAAUAAGUGGCUAUUUCUACUCGGCACCAACUGGGCCGCUGUUGGUCUUUUUCGUGAAGUCCGUGUGGCUCAAAGCAUUCCACGCAACUCCUUGACCUACGAUGUAGAUUUGGGCGGCUUAAAUGGUUCCAUUGGGGCGGCGUUUAACGUCACUUUUUGGGGGCUCUUUCAUGGAUCGAUGCAAUAUCUCCUUGCAAUGAUAUUAUUUGAAACCCCAGAGACCCGACGCUAUCGGUUAUGGACACUCUUGAUCGGAAUGAUAUUGCCCUCCCUCGCGCUCAUGCACACAAUUGCUCCUAUCAGAACAAUGGACGUGCCUGCGUUAUACUGGCACGGAAUGCACAGCGGUGCCUAUGACCUUAAUUUGGUUGUUGCUGCUGGCACUCCAUAUUAUAUCAUGCCAUUCUCUGUAUGGCUGCUCAUCUAUAUGGACAUAUCAUUGUUACCCAGCAUGCUCACUGGACUCCUGAAACAAACGCCCACUGGACUGUUGAAACAAGCGUUCAACAACGCGAUAGUAUCAAGGAUGGUGACAAAGGCGGUGCGCCUUUUCGCCUUCGUGUCAUUAUUUGUGGUGCCUUUCUCGAUCAUCAUGAUCAACGCUACAGGAGAUUCAAGAUGGUGGAUUGGACUAUUACCACUAGCUCCGCUUGGUCUUUAUUUACUCCUGCUUGCAGCUCCGUUGUUUUGGCUUGUUACGGUUGGAUGUGCGAGUUGUGGGUAUGCUUUCAUGGCUUAUGUGACCCGCAGUGUCAAGGCAUCACAUUCAUGCUUCUUCAUGCCAUGUUCCCCCCAGUCAAUUAACGAAGAAGACCAGUCGUUUGCUUUAUUUGCUGGUCUAUUGCUUUUUGUUGGGUGGGAGGUUAUUCCGAUUAUUGUGAAGGAAUUCAGAAAACGCUAUAGAGACCGGCGAGAGUUCGUUCAGCAUAUGGAGGAGCGAAUGAGGCACCUUGAAAUGAGGCAAGCAUUGCAGCGGAGGUUCGGUUGGGAAGAAUCUACUACUUGGAGGACCUGGAGGCGAGCGGAUUGA